UUUGCUGCACUUAUAUGGCGAAAUAUCAAAACUCGCCGGUUUCUCACGUUUACAAAAAUAUUUCAUACUUGUUACUUAUCUUGCGAGAUAGGAAUGAUUAUCGAUUAUGAUGAUGAAACACAAGAUCGAAGAGAAUAUUUGUUCUAAUUAUAUUGUUCGCGUUUAAAAUAUAUCUCACAAUUUUCAUGCGUUGCAUCACGUCAAUUAAUAUAAUUGGAGUAAAAUUUUAUUUUUGCAUGUCACGCUCGAGCAUCACGAAACGCAAAAACAAAGACAAUAUUUAUUCUAAUUAUAUUGUUCGCGUUUAAAAUAUUUCGCAAUCUUCACGCGUUGCAUCACGUCACAUUAGUAUAAUUUUAUUUUUGCGUGUCACGCUCAUUACGCAUUUUUCUGCAAAUCUAAAUUUCCAUUUCAAGACUUCAAGAGUUACUCGUCCACUUCAAGACUUUAAGAGUUACUCUCCAAGAGUUAAGUUUAAUCUCUUAAUAUUAUUUCACACACCACGGUUCAUAACUCACAAUUUAUAGUCAUUUAUAGUUAUCUAAUCAUUUUUCAUUCAAACUUAAACAAAUUCUUGAUUAUUAGACAAGGUGUAGAAAUUUUGCCUAGCAUAUGUUAUAUAAAUUUAUAUAACUAAUAUCGUAUUGUGUUUGUAUAUUGUCUGUAUAUUUAUCAACUUUAAUCAAUUGCAAUAACAUAUUAUAUUUACUUUAGACAACAUGUUUAUAUAUAUAUAUAUAUAUAUAUUGAUUAAAUUGUCCAGAUAUCGCACUGAUAAUAUCAAGUGGCCAUUACGUAUAGCUGUAAGAGUGUGAAUAAAAAGAAAAAUUUAAAACGCAAUGAAAAUGUCGACAGUUCCGGCUAAGCAUACUCUUCACAGUGGAAUUUUUCAUCCUGUCUUACGACAGUGGCAAUCUCAAAUUGAUAUCACUGUCAAUAAUCUUAUGUAUCCUAUAUUUGUAUCGGAUGAAAGAAAUGCUAAAGAUGCUAUUAAUAGUAUGCCUGGAGUAUAUCGUUAUGGUAUUAAUCAGUUGGAAAACAUGUUAGAACCUUUAGUUGCCAAAGGACUGCAGUCUGUCUUAUUAUUUGGUGUAUCGCAACAUCUUGAUAAAGAUGAGAUUGGAAGCAAUGCUGAUAGUGCAAGAAAUCCUAUUAUUCAAGCUGUACCAUUACUGCGAAACAAAUUUCCUAAUUUAUUAAUAGCAUGUGACGUUUGUUUAUGCCCGUAUACAAAUCAUGGACACUGCGGUAUUCUCAACAAUGAUGGUAGCAUAAAUAAUACAGAUAGUAUCCGAAGGAUCGCUGAAAUCGCUGUGUCAUAUGCAAAAGCUGGUGCACAAAUUAUUGCACCAUCUGACAUGAUGGAUGGCAGAAUAAGAGCAAUAAAACAAGGUCUAGCUGCUGCUGGAUAUUCAAAUAAAGUAGCAGUUUUAUCAUAUGCUGUAAAGUUUGCGUCAGGGUUUUAUGGACCUUUCCGAGACGCAUCGCAAUCUGCUCCCAAGUUUGGCGAUCGCAAGUGCUACCAAUUGCCACCUGGUAGCAACGGUUUGGCAGCUAGAGCUGCUGCAAGAGAUGUAGAUGAAGGAGCAGAUAUGUUAAUGGUAAAACCAGGACUGCCUUAUUUGGAUGUAGUACGCAACAUAAAAGAUGCACAUCCAGAAUAUCCUAUAUUUGUAUAUCAAGUCUCGGGAGAAUAUACCAUGUUAUAUCAUGGUGCACAAAACGGCGUGAUCAAUUUGGAGAACGUGCUGAAUGAAAUAUUAGUUUCUAUGAGAAGAGCGGGUGCUGAUUGUAUUAUAACAUAUUUUACACCAUUGCUUUUGGAUAUGUUACAACCGAAAUGUAAGUUGUAAUUAGAAGUUAUAUACGUGUGUGUAGUUAUAUUUAAUUUACUAAAUUAAUUAUUAUAUUAAAAUUUAAAUUCAUAUUACAAUAUAAUUAACUAAAUUUGGCAUUAUGAAUAAUAGUAUUUAGGUUUACAAAUAAUAUAAUUGUAGUCGUAGGAAAUUAAUUUUUAUGUCAGAAGGAUAAACUUUAAUAGGUAGAAGAUCAAAUUUUAAAAUGACAAAUUUUGCAAAUUAAAUAUCAUGAAAUAUGCA